AUGACAGAGACAGCAGAAAAUGCCUUGUGGAUUUCCAAAUUAGAUUUGGAACAAGAACCUACAAAUGGGGUAUACUUCUCUCUUGACAUUAUGAGAUGUAAGAUAUGUUUUGAGAUUUUUUAUGUGAAGUACCAUGAGGAUCAUCCGUGUUUUUCGAAAGAUAUAGAUAGCCAAUGCAAUCAAAAGAUAGAAACAAUUUCCUCUAUGGAAAAAAGAGAUGCAAAUCAAAGUCUGGAAGAGGACCAGAAGGGCCUGACUGAACACAUACGGAGGCAUGCCUAUCUUGAAGAAGCCCUUAAUAUAAAGCCUGUGGUCAACAAGAUUUGGAGGUUUCCACACAUAUUGUUACUUGAAGAAAGAAAAUACCUGUGGAAGUGGAUGCAUGAAAAGAAAGAAAAUUGA